AUGGCUGGCAACUGCGGAUGCUCCGGUGCUUCGUCCUGCAACUGCGGUGACAAGUGGACACGCCGAGCCGCUCUCACCCUCCAAUAUGGGACUUGGCUGUCGUCAGCGCGGACACCCCGCCUUGCCCGCCAAAGGGGAGUGGGGGAAGGAUAA